AUGGUCGCCUUUGAGCUCCGCCAUCUGCUGGACACCGCCGACACGCACUCUGUGGCGCGGCUGGGCAAGCUGGUGAACCGCCGGUUCCAGACUGCCCGCCAGCACGCGCUCGAACAGCCCGUCCUGGGCAGAACAAGCCCGCGCCAGGCCGUCGACGAGGCCGCCCCUCUGCCGUCCAAGAGCCACGUUCUCAAGGCCCACAGCAAGGCCGGCUACAUUGCCGGGUCCGACAUUGUCCGCAUGUACCAGCUGAAACCUACGAAAUACGCCGCCAAGCCCGUUAUCAGAGACAUCAUCAAGGGCCGGUACGUGCAGACGCUGCAGCCGACGGGCGCGCACUAUGUGUUUUUCGACUCGUUCGCCGACGCGGCGGUGUUCUGGAGCGACGUGCGGUCGGCCCUGUUCAACGGCUCGUACGUGUCGUUCACCUUUGUGAACUUUGAGGACGAGAUGGGUCAGAUGUUUUUUCCGGUGCUUGCCGACACAAGAAUCCGCAAGGAGCUGGUGGACUGGGACGCGCUCAAGCAGAGCAUGGACCACAAAAUGCAUGCGUUGCAGGAAAGCCCCCAUCUGUCGAAACUGCUUGCUCUCCUCAAACAACAGCCGUGGCUGGACACACAGCAGGACCGCAGCCUGCUCGAGUUUCUGCAACAGCACCCUGUCGAGCGGGCCGCUAAUAUCUGGGCCAUCUCGGCGGGAACAGCACCGCGAGCCGCGAAAAAGCUGGUUUUCAAUGAGAUUGUCUCCAACUUAAAGACCUUCAAAUUGAAAAACACAGCACCACGACAGUGCCGAGGGUGGAGAAAGGCGUUUGGGGUUUUUGAGCCGUCUGGAGCGUGCUACCGAUCGGCCACCGGCGUGGUUGCACCGCUGAGCGCCGCCGAACGUUUGGCUGCCAGAGAAGUCUGCUGCGGCAGAGUGCACUAUUUAUCGAAAUAUUUCCAAAUAUUUAGAUUAUUCAAGUAA